AUGAAGUCGCCGUUGCGGAGGCUCAGGGGCUUCGGCCACCACCACCCCAAGGAGCGGAGGGGCCACGAGCCGCCGCCGGCCAAGCUCGACGAGCUCGUCUGCGCCGCCCAUGAGGUGGAAGACAUGAGAAACUGCUAUGAUGGCUUGAUUUCAGCUGCGGCUGCUACAACAAAUAGUGUAUAUGAGUUUUCUGAGGCUCUUGAGGAACUGGGAGGUUGCUUUCUCGCAAAAACUGCACUAAAUGGUGAUGAUGAUGAUAGUGGUAGAGUGCUGAUGAUGCUGGGAAAGGUCCAAUUUGAAUUACAAAAGUUUGUUGAUACUUAUCGCUCAAAUAUCAUUUAUACUAUCACAACCCCAUCAGAGUCUCUUCUCAAGGAGCUACAGACUGUAGAGGAAAUGAAGCAGCAAUGCGACAUGAAAAGAACAACUGCAAAGUGCUCUUCUGAGUACCAAGAAGAUGCAGCGCUGUUCAUAUUUCGCUUAAAAUCAUUGAGGCAAGGGCAAUUCCAUAGCCUUUUAACACAGGCUUCUCGGCAUCAUGCUGCUCAGUUAAGCUUUUUCAGGAGAGGGUUGAAGUGUCUUGAGGCACUCGAACCUCAUGUAAAAGCAAUAGCUGAGAAACAGCACAUUGACUACCAGUUCAGUGGUCUUGAGGAUGAUGCAUCUGACAACGACGAUUACAGCUCCGACCAGGAUGAUUGCAGCGAUGAUGGAGAGCUUAGUUUCAACUAUGAAAUAAAUGAUAAGGAUCAAGAUUUUCUUGCUUCAAGAGGUUCAAUGGAUUUAGAUAAAAGAGAUGUGACGAAUUCCCUGCAGCCAGUAAAAGAAAGCAUGCAGGAAGAGGUCAAACAAACCAAGGGAAAUGUUAUGACUCCAGGAGUGAAGCCAGAGUUUAAUACACACUCAGCACCUAUUCUGGCAGGCAAUUUACCGGAUCCAGCUGAGAGAUUUUGGCAAAUGAAGCCAUCUUCAGCCAAACAUUCGUACAAACUUCCAAUGCCAGUUGAUGACAAGGAUCCCAGAUCAGUAGGUGCUCACAGAUCACAUCAUUCACAGCAGUUGGAAAGUAAACCUCGUGUCUCAGCAAAUCCGUGGCAUUCAUCUCCACUGAUGAAAGACUUUAGGCCGAGUGGCCAUGUGAAAAUGCCAUCAAGUACCGAGGGGAUAUCGACGUUCUCCCAGUCGGUUUCUGAUUAUAAGAAGAUGAAGAGGGAAUCUUGGUCUGGUCCAAUACCAAGCAGACCAGGGUUAAGUAAACCAUCUUCGCUGAACGAUCACAGAUCACCCAUGGCACAACAUCUUGUGAUGCCAGGAAAUUUGCAGGGCCAUUCUCGGCAGCCGUCAUCUGUGUCCCCAAAAGUUUCCCCCAAGAUGUUGCCACAUCCAACAAAAUCACCAAAGAUCAGUGAGCUGCAUGAGCUGCCUAGGCCUCCAGCCAACAUGGAGUCCCUCAGGCCUUCUGGGUUGGUCGGUUACUCUGGUCCUCUGGUAUCAAAGCGUCAGACUCAAAUCCUUGCAGCACCAGCCCCGAUGGCAUCACAAACCCCAUCACCACUUCCGCUACCACCUGCUACCCUCACUCGCAGUUACUCCAUACCCUCAAAUAGCCAGAGGAUACCAAUCAUCACUGUGGACAGAUUGUUAGAGGCUAGAAAUAGCAGGGACGGCAGUGAUAUUUCUUCCCCGCCGCUUACUCCUCUGUCACUGACUGAUUUGUCCCAGCAGCAAGGAACAAAAACAACUACAAGUCGCACAAGGAUGAAUGUUCCAAUUGUUUUGCAAUGUAGACCACGCAGCAGUUCUUCCUGGGAUUUUAUGUAUGAUAUUGGUUAUCCAUCAUUGUACGGCAUGGGUGAUUUUCAGUUGUUUUGA